UAUAGUGCUAUAAGGAUUGUUCUUAAACCAUCAACCAAAGACUUAUUUCUCACUGACCUUCACAAUACAAUAAUCCUCUUCAAAAUCAGAAGUCACAAGGAAGAACUUACUCAGUGGACAUGUGGUGGGUGGUAUUCGCAUGAGUUCAGCUUCAGCAGUACGCUCAUUUGAAAGACAGCCAAAAAGACUAUUGUCCAUAUCUGCUUUCCAAGACCAUAUUCGUCCAUCUGCAACUUCAAAGAACUUGUCUAAAAUAAAGCAAAGAAAAUCUGUGAUUGGUAAGAUGAACAAACUUGGAGAAAGGAUGGAUUGUCUUGCACAAGGCAUCCGUGAGCAUGUGAGCCUAAGCCCGAAGCUAACAGAAAUUGUGAAGGGAAAAUUGAGCCUUGGGGCAAAAAUUCUUCAAGUAGGAGGGUUGGAGAGAAUAUUCAAGCAGAAGUUUAGUGCUAGAGAUAAUGAAGAGCUAUUGAAGGUUUCUCAAUGCUAUUUAUCAACCACAACUGGUCCAAUGGCAGGCCUUCUCUUCAUCUCUACUGAUAAGGUUGCUUUCUGCAGUGAGAGAUCAAUAAAGCUCUUAUCUCCAACUGGACAUUUUCUUAGAAUCCAUUACAAGGUGUUGAUCCCACUAAGUAAGAUGAAGAAAGCAAAAGAGAGCGAAAAUAUGGAAAAGCCAUCACAGAAGUAUAUACAGUUAGUUACAGAGGAUGAUUUUGAGUUCUGGUUUAUGGGAUUCCUCAAUCAUCAAAAGACCCUCAGAUAUCUGCAGCGGUCAAUUUCAUCAGGUUCAAGCAAGCUAAGAAGAUAAUUCUUUUUCCUUUUUUUCAUUUUUUUUCCAAUACACCCGUUCAUCAAUGUAAAAUAUUGAUGCAAAAAAGAAUUCAAUGAUCUGUUAAAACUUGUAACUAGAUCCAAUGCUCAAAGGAGGUUUUAGGUUUGGUAGGCUUUGAGCCUUGUGAGUUGAUGUGAAUAUAUAGACUUGUAAAAUUUAUGCAAACAGAUGGCUCUUCUUUGAUGAUUAAUUUAGCUUUCUGC